ACUGAUUGCCUUAUUGAAUGGUGUAAAACUCACAAAGCAGCUUGCAAGAAGCUCUUUUCUGAUUCUACGCAGUAUGCUUGGGAGGAAGGUAGAAGUAAGCAGCAGUUGUGCCACAGGAAGAAUGACAUAUAUGUGGAGAUUGCAAAGGUAAUUUUUUCAGUGGGUGAUGAGUCUGUCAAGAUCUGUGCCCUUGCUCAGGACAAUCUGGGUAUAUUCACUGGUCUGAUUCAAAGUUGUCUUGAUGUCUUGAAGCAGAAAUAUUGGAAAUAUAUUGUGUUGCUUGGGCAGACAGGUGCUGGAUGGACUUACAAUGAUCUUGCAAGCAACACAAGCAUGAAAAAUAUUAUAGGUAUUAUUCAGAAGGAAUUCCCAUGGUGGGGAGACCUGCAUGGCUGGUGGCACAUGAACCCUGCAUACAACAGCAUGUGGAGUGGUGCUGAUAGUGGCCAAAAUUUCACCACUCAUGCAGUCAGGCUC